UCUCUCUCUCUCUCUCUCUCAAAAAUAAAUAAAACAUUAAUAAAUAUAUUAAAAAAAAAAAAAAAAAAGAGUUACAGCCUCAUUCCUGGUCUAAGCCAGACCAUUGCCAGAAAGGGUUUCUAGGCAGCCACCAGGGGGACAGAGGCUAGGAAAACAGGGAACCGGUCCCCUCUGACUCUAAUUCUCAUGGGAGCCAACUGCUCACAGAUGUGGAAAUGAUUACCUAUUACUGUAAUGUCUUACUCUGGGGAAGAGUCUGGUGGAGCUGGACUCCUGUCUCCUAUUGCACCACAAACCAUAGACUUCUUCCAUCUCCAUGCUGACGUUCCCACUGUAUACCCUGUGCUCUCCCUUCACGUUUUACAGUCUCUGCAGUUUAGUAGAUACAGGAAAUGUGAUACUAGUCCUCAGAGGAGGCUGGCCCUUUUUGCCCCCAGGAAGCAUCCUGAGUUUCUCCUAUGUCUGCUGACCUCUGGUGGCGAUAGUUUGAACUGGACCCUCCUUGUCUAGUUAGUGCCUGCUGGCAGGUAAUGAAUGGUGUACAUUCUCUCAGCCAUCCAAAUUCAAAUAUUCAAACACUGUAUCAAAUGGAAAUAUUUUUUACUGCUGAAUUUUUUGUUUUCAGGCCUCAUGACAUAAUGUAAAGAACAGAGCCUGGGCUUUGGAAUCAGACUUACCUAGGUUCAGGUCCUAGCUCUAUUUCCUAGCAGAGUGACCUUGGGCAAGUUACCUAAGCUUAGCUUUCUUACCUGUAAAGUGAAAAUAAUAAUAAAUAGCUCAAUGGGAAAAUGAGAUGAUUGUAAAAUGCAUAGCCCUAGCUGUGCCAUAGCACAUAGGUGCUCAAUAAAAGUUUGUUACCUUCUCAAUAAUAGUGAUUUUGUUCAGUGUAUGACUCCAUAUGAUUUUAAAAUUUUUGGUAACAUAAAAUUUACCAUUAUUCCCAUUUUUCAAUGUGACUUUUUUAAACUCUGAGAAGUUUUAUAUAACUGCUUUCUGAUUCUUGAGUUUGGAAACUGAGGUCAACUUUAGUAUGGUCUGUGAAGCCUGCCUCUGCCCAGAGAGCUACAGAUCCGAGCCCUGAAAAUAAGGGUUAGAGAGAUCUUGGGCACAGCCAAAUGGCUCAGUUGACCUCACUCUGGUUUCCAGCCUAAGAAGGACUGACAGGAUCCAGCACUUUCUUCCAGGGUCAGCAAAGGGCAGAGGUCUGAAGUCAGGCAUCACAGGGUUCUCAGCUGGGCCUCCAAGACCCCCUCCUCCCACUUUGCAGAGAAAAGAGGAGGCGGCUGCAGAGAAGAGGAUAUGUGAUUGCUUCUCUGCUCCUCCCUCUCCCUGCUUUUCCCUACACCCAUCCUCUCCCCCACAGCAGCCAUCUCCCCCGCAGCAACUGGAAAGAGGGAGGGGGGCGGAGUUGGGGACUGAGGGAUCAGAAGACCCACAGCGUCCUGUAUCUGAACGAAGCUCUUGCCGGGGGCAGCUGUGCUGGUUCAUGCUCCCCUCUCCAUGCUGCUUGCCUCCUCCAGCAUGAUGCUGGGGACUCUGGGUCUUUGGGUACUCCUCCCCAUAGCUGUGCAAGGUAAGUGUCUACAGGGUGGGGCAGGGCCUUUCCACUCGCCCAUUGAGGGAAAGCGGGACUUGAAGCAGCAGCCAUCCCUUUGGAAGAAUCAGUGGGGUGGGUGAGUGAGGGCAAAAGGUACAGCCAUGUGUCCCCAUGGUGGGGUCAGGUUCCAGGCCUCUGCUGACCUGUUUCCUCCUGUGGCUUUACCAUGCUGGCCCUGGGAUAUGAAACAUGUUCUGUCCCUCCUUUUGGCUGCUGCUUUUGCCCCUGCGUUCACUCGCAUCUUGAACCCUCCCCUCUCCCCACCCUGGGCCACAGCACCCCCAAGCAGGCGGACCUGUGUGUUCUUUGAGGCCCCUGGAGUGCGGGGAAGCACAAAGACACUGGGGAAGCUGCUAGAUGCAGGACCAGGGCCCCCCAGGGUUAUCCGCUGCCUCUACAGCCGCUGCUGUUUUGGGAUCUGGAACCUGACCCAACACCAGGCACAGGUGGAGAUGCAAGGAUGCCGAGACAGUGAUGAGCCAGACUGUGAGGCCUCCCACUGUGAGCUGAGCCCCCGAGCCCACCCUGGCCCCAGGUCCACUCUCUUCACCUGCUCCUGUGGCACUGACUUCUGCAAUGCCAAUUAUAGCCAUCUGCCUCCUCCAGGGAGCCCUGGGACUCCUGGCUCCCAGGGUCCCCAAGCUGUCCCAGGCGAGUCCAUCUGGAUGGUGCUGGUGCUGCUGGGGCUAUUCCUCCUCCUCCUGCUGCUGCUGGGCAGCAUCAUCUUGGCCCUGCUACGGCGAAAGGCCUACAGAGUCCAAGGUGGCCCAGAGCCAGAGCCAGAGCCAGAGCCAGGCUCAGGCAGGGACUGGAGUGCUGAGCUGCCCGAGCUGCCUGAGCUGCCCGAGCUGUGUUUCUCCCAGGUAAUCUGGGAAGGAGGUCACACAGUGGUGUGGGCUGGGCAGCUGCAAGGCAAGCUGGUAGCCAUCAAGGCCUUCUCCCUGAGGGCCGUGGCCCAGUUCCAAGCUGAGAGAGCACUAUACGAACUGCCAAGCCUACAGCACGACCACAUUGUCCGCUUUAUCACCGCCAGCAGAGGGGGCCCUGGGCCCUUGCCCUGUGGGCCCCUGCUGGUACUGGAGCUGCACCCAAAGGGCUCCCUGUGCCACUACUUGACCCAGCACACCAGUGACUGGGGAAGUUCCAUGCGGAUGGCGCUGUCCCUGGCACGGGGCCUGGCAUUUCUCCAUGAGGAGCGCUGGCAGGAUGGCCAAUACAAACCAGGUAUCGCCCACCGAGAUCUGAGCAGCCAGAAUGUGCUCAUUCGGGAGGAUGGGUCGUGUGCCAUUGGAGACCUGGGCCUUGCCUUGGUGCUCCCUGGCCUCACCCAGCCUCCCACCUGGGCCCCAACUCAACCCCGAGGCCCAGCUGCCAUCAUGGAGGCUGGCACCCAGAGGUACAUGGCACCAGAGCUCUUGGACAAGACUCUGGACCUACAAGACUGGGGCACGGCCCUCCGGCAAGCCGAUGUUUACUCUCUGGCUCUGCUCCUAUGGGAGAUCUUGAGCCGCUGCCCAGAUUUGUGGCCUGACAGCAGACCACCACCCUUCCAACUGGCCUAUGAGGCAGAACUGGGCAGCACCCCUACCACCUGUGAGCUGUGGACCUUGGCGGUGGAGGAGAGAAGGCGCCCCUACAUCCCAUCCACCUGGCACUGCUUCACCACAGACCCUGGUGGCCUGAGAGAGCUGCUAGAGGACUGUUGGGAUGCAGACCCAGAAGCACGGCUGACAGCUGAGUGUGUACAGCAGCGCCUGGCUGCCCUGGCCCGUCCUCAGGAGGCCCGCCCCUUCCCAGAGAGCUGCACCCACGACUGCCCACCUCUCUGCCCAGAAGACUGCCUCUCACCUCCCCCCACUGCCAUUCCCCCUUGUAGGCCUCCACUGAAUGUCUGCUGCUUCAGCAUUCAGCAAGGCCCUGGUGCCAGGAGUCCUCCUGUACCAUCUCUCACCUGUAAAUAUGCAGUUUAUGUAUAACCUAUGUUCAUGCAAACAUAAAUAUGGUGAUCAGA